AUGGCUGAGGAUUCUGUCAUUGUUCAUCAGGCCAGUGUGGUUGACGUCUCCUUCCCAGGUGACAUACUUAUUGGGAUGGAUCUCCUCAGACGGCUGGACUUCACUUUCUCCUCCGAAGCGUCAACUGGGAAUGCCACCAUUACUCUGCAGGGACACAAGUUCUCAGUAGUAUAUACUGAUGCAGAGUCUCUCAAGAUCUGUUGCAUCAAACCCCUGUCACCUACAGAAGAUGCCAGUGAAGAUGCACCAGUUUCUGCCCAAGAUCCUCAGACCGUUGCAGCAGUGCAUCUUGUUCACCGUGCAAGUAUUGCAGCUCACAGUGGCUGCUUUGUUGAAGGCUGUGUUUCGCGGAACGGACCAACAGAUGGCGAUAUCCUUGUAGUUCCAGCUAUGCCGAAAGGACUUCUUUUACCUCAUGCUGUACAAAGUCGUCGCCAGGUCCACUACUGUCCUGUCGAGCCUGAUUCCCUUGAGGAUGGAGAAACCUUUGACUUUGAGUGGGAAGAAGAUUGCUUUGACCGACAAUAUGGAGUCGAAGACUUCGGCUAUGAUGAUGAGCUGGAGGUUGAACACAUGGAGCUGCCACCCUCUAUUGCCAUUGCUGCCUGUGAAGCUGCCGAACUCCUGGAACACGGUCCAAACCUGGAUGACCACCAGAUGCCAGAUCUCGGCCACCUUGAAGACCCCCAACGCCAUCAGCUGACUGAGCUGCUUUGUCGUUUCAAGGGGCUCUUUGAUGGUGGUGAAGAAGCUGUAGGUCUUGUACCUGGAAUCAAGCAUCAGAUUGACACAGGAGAUGCCAAGCCUGUUUGCAUCCGACAGUGGCGAUUACCCCAUUCAACACGGCAAGUUAUUCGUGAGCAGUGUGACUCUAUGCUUCGCUCAGGGGUCAUUGAGGAAUCCACAUCCCCCUGGAUGAGCCCUGUUGUGCUGGUUAAGAAGAAGGGAGGAGCUCUCAGGUUCUGUGUUGAUUACCGUGGCCUGAACGCAGUGACCAAGGGUGAUACGUAUCCUCUGCCUCUUAUCAGCGAACUCAUCGAUGAACUGGGCCCAAAGAACAUCUUUACCACCUUAGAUGCCCGCGCUGCAUACUGA